AUGAUGAACAAGGCAUUGCGCAUACGGAACAUUGACCUCAUUUUUCUUUUUCGAACUGUGAUUCGUGAUAUUUACGAACAGUUACUUACUCAUCAAUGCCACGAGCGCGUAACUGUAUAUCGAGGUCAAAUAGAAGCUGAUCCUGCUGUCGUUCACCUGGCGAAUGGCGAGAAUCGACAAUCAUUUGCACAAAUAGAUGAGUUCAGAUAUUAUGGGCAAGAAGCUGAAGUACUUCUCAUGCUCGGUUCCAUCUUUCGAUUGAAUGAAAUCUAUGAUGACCAUUCUUCAGCCGAUGCGCCAGUCCCCAUUAUUCGAAUGAAAUUAUACAGUGAUCAUGAUAACGAUCUCAAGCAAUUGUAUGAUCACAUGAAUAAGGAAUACGGCGGAGCGCAAAUGAAUCUUUUCACUCUUGGUAAUAUGUGA